AUGGAUAGGUACAAUUACAUGAAAAGAAUUGACAGUGACAAUAAUGAUAAUUUUAAAGUAGCAGAUUUAAGUCCAGAAGUGUUUGAAAAAAUCCAGUUAUUACAAGAGAAACAUGAUACAGAAAUUGAAUUAUUAGCAAGCGAACUUAACUUACAAUCUCAUUUUAUAAAGGAUAUUAUGAAAGAUUACCGGGCACCAGCAAUUAAAAAGCCAAGAAAAAUUAGUGGAUUUAAUGUUUGGCAAAAUAAUUGGUGGGAAAAUGUAGGAAAAAGUAUGCAAAUAUUGGAUUCAGGUGCACAACAAAUGUGUGCAAGUUCAUGGAAAGAAUUAAAUGAUGAUGAUUGCAUUCACUUUGAAAAUGAGGCAAAAAAACUUAACAAUUUAAAAGAUAAUGAAUCUUAUAUAAUUAAUGCAAAAGCAAGAAAAACAAAAUUGGAUAAAGCAAUUCAAGAAAUGAGAAAAAUGUUCCGAUUAUUACAAGUUACAUGUGGUAUGGAGUUUAUUGCUAUUACAGUAUCUAAUAAUAGCGAAUUAAGAAGUCACUGGUUUGGAUCAAGUAUCGGUGAAGAGUUUUAUCACUCAUAUAAUAUUUUAAAUGAAGCAAUUAUUCCGUUUCAUUGUUUUUCUAUUUUGAAAAAACAAGAAAAAGAUGGAGUAAUUAAAUCUAUCACUGGAACUAGUAAUAAUGCAUUGGAAAAUAUCAUGAAUCCUACUAACCCUGAAUCAACACCAACUUUGUUAAAUUAUAUAAAUUAUGCAAAGCCAAAUAGUAGAGAAACAAGGGAUAAAGUUAGGGCAAUCCUAAGAAAAAAAUUUGAUGAGGAUGUGCAAGGAGGAAUAAUUCCAUAUAAAAAUUGGAAAGAACAAAUCUUGUAUAAGAUUGUAGGAUGGCCAUCAGAUGUUGAGUUCAAAGAUUAUGCGAAUCUCAAAAGUGAUGAACGAUCUAAAGUAUUAGAAUCACUUGAUAAUAUUAAAUUUGGAUUUCAAUAA